UACAUCUACGCCAUGGGCGGUUUCGAGGGACGCUUUCGCACCAAUACAGUGGAGCGGUAUGACGUCAAGAAAAAUCAGUGGUUCAUGGUGGCCGACAUGAACGACGUCCGAAGCGACGCCAGCGCCGCGGCGGCAUGUGGACGCAUCUACAUUGUGGGCGGCUACACGGGCAGAGAGGUUCUGGACACCGUGGAGUGCUACGACCCAUCGACCGACGUUUGGACCCGGGUGGCGACCAUGUCCUCACCGCGUAGUGGCCUCAAGGCGGUCGCCCACAAGGGCAUGCUCUACAUCAUCGGCGGGUACAACGGUUCCCAGCGACUUUCCUCAAUGGAGCAGCUCGACGUGAGGAAAGUUCGCUACUCAGAAUUACCCAGCAUGCGCCGUGCCAAGAGCAACUUCGCCGCCGUCGUGCUUCAAGGCUGUAUCUACACAAUUGGAGGCUUCAGUGGGAACAAGACGGUGCCGUUCGUCGAGCGCUACGACAUCGCCGCCCGGAAGUGGUACACGGCACCCGAGAUCGCCGUGAAUUGCAGCGCGUCCGCUGCCUGCAUCGUUUACGACGUCACCAACCCUGCCUCCUGGGUAUAGGCCUCCACAACACACAAGUGUUGCGGCGCGAAGCACGGCGAUGGCCCCCUGACGACCAGCAAGCCUUCAGGAAAGCGCACCAGGAAAGCGCACCGUGUAGGCCAAUGCGCGAAUGGCGAGCGCAGAGUUUGCGACUUCGUCAUGACGUUAGAAUGGCGAAAGGAAACUGGCAGAAAAAAUAUAAGAAUAAAAUGAAAUCCAAAAUAAUAUCAAUAAAA